AUGGCGUCUGUGUGUUCGCCUUGCAUUCGAAUAGACUGGAGACUCGCCGCCUUCCUCCGCCAGCUCCGCUCGCAGUUGGUGCUCUGCGGAUACUCCCUGGCCUCUCCCUACCUUGCCGUCCUCGUAGGUCUUCCGCUUCCUUCCUCGUCUUCUCCGUCGUCUCUUCUUCUCCUCUCGUGUUUUCGUCUGCUGCAUGCAGAGCGCGACCCCACAGUGCCGCAGCUGUUUGCCGCUUCGGCCGCGGGCGUCUCCGCGUCUCUCCACGAGGCCCUUCGGAAGGACUUGGCGACGAUUGCCUUCAUCCUGCCCGACGGCCUCCAGAUCCUCGGCCUCCUUGCCUUCUCCCCGCACACCGCCGCCUCGCCUUCUUCCUCCGCUCUUUCGUCCCUGGCUGAGGCCGUGGCCGGCCAGCUCCCCGCCUGGGCGAAAGGUCUCGCGCGUCUUUCGGAAACAACGCACGCUUCAGCCGGCUCGGUCUCUGCUUCAGCUCACCGCGAAUCCCCCUCCCCGCCUUCUCCGUGUCUCCUUUUCGCGUGUUCUCUCUCUGGAGAUGCCGAGCAAGCAACAGAGUCUUCCGGGCCCACGCAUGCGCGUGGCUCCGUUUUCCCGUGGAAUUUUAUGGCCCUUCCUCUCCACUCCUCUUCGUCCUCUUCGCUCGAGGAGGCAGGCGCAGCGGAUCGGCUGAGUGUCUCCGUGGAGGACGCCCGUUCCGUGUUGAAGACAGAGAAGUUCCUUUACUUGCGGUCUCGGCUCGCUGUGUCGCUGCCCCUGGACACUCCGGUUCGCGUUGAUCUCGCGCGGGGCCUCUGCGGAAAAAUUCGAGAGACACCUGAAGACGGCGAAGUCGCGUCUCAGGAGGCCGAGCGCGACCUCGCAGCGGGGGAAGAUUGCGAAGACUUCCUCCCUCAGCUGCCUUCGACGGCGUCUAGAGAAAUCCUGGCGGCUCUCCGGCAACAAGAAGAGGCACUCAGCGCCUCGUCCCUCAGCCUGUUCUUCUGCAUGCCCAACGGGGUGUACGUACACCCGACGGACCCCGGUGUUUCUGGCGAGGGAGAGACUGCGGCUGGGAUCGGGAAGGCGGACGCCAGAGAGAGAAAGCAAGGCAGCAAGGACGCCGGUCGAAGCGGAGAAGCAGACAUCUGGACAGCCGUGGCGAGCGUGGCCUCGAAGGCGAAGCAUAUGGUCAUCCGCGAGACGCAAAACGUACAAGGGAACGACGCGCACUGCGAGUUCUCAAACCGAAACGUUCUGGACCUUCCCUGGCUCCGUUCCCCGCCGCAUGUGGCACAAGACGCACGUGGCCUCCCUCUGGCUUCUCUCUCCGUGAUUCCCGUUCCAGCUUUUCUCUCGUCCCUCCCGGGAAACGCCGCCUGCGACUCCGAUCUUUCCUGUACAUACACCCCAGCGCGCGGCGCGUCGGACCCAGGUCUCUCGGCGCGCCACGCCCAGAUCUUCCUAGACACUUGCAUUCUCGUCCACGGCACCGCUUCACUCGCCUCGUGCGCACAUCGCUUCCGUCUCGCUUUCUGUCGUCAGCUGAAGUGCCUCGCCCUCCAACUUCUCCAGUCUUCUUCGCUUCCGUCCUCGGCUGGUGAGAGCGUCGCGUUGGAGACUUCCUCGCUGACUGCGUCUCUCGUCAGCGGCGAUCCUUCCUCGUCCUUCUCUGCGCAUUCCCCGUCCUCACCCUCGCUCUCUGCGCUUUCUCCCCCGAUCUACCCUCGUCUGACUUCGUGGGCAAGGAGCAGCGACGACACGCGGCGCGAGGAAAAUGGAAAACCGCAUGCGGACGGGGCCGUCACGCUGAGCUUCCACUUGGUGAAAGUGCCGUGGUUCCAGCACCCGUUACUCUCGUGGAACAACGAGGCACAGCCCCACAGCUCUCUCGUCAUCGGCCCCAAGUGGCUGCCUCAAACGCGCGCCGUCACUUGCCUUGUGUGGGGUGACUUCGCCUACCACCACUACUGCCAGGACAACGAACGCGACGAGGGCUGGGGCUGUUGCUAUCGCUCUCUUCAGCUCGUCAUCAGUUGGUUCCAGCGUCAGAACUUCACCAACAAGCCCGUCCCGUCCAUAAGUGACAUCCAGCGCCUUCUAAAGAAAUACGACAUGGCCCAUGAAAAUCUUGAGAUCGGCUCAAAAGCCUGGAUUGGGACCGUUGAAGGAAGCUACGUAUUGAAUUGGUAUUUGCAUGUGCCGAGCAAAAUGCUUCAUCUUUCGAGCGCAAGCGAACUUCCCGCUCACGCUGAAACUCUCCGAGAGCAUUUUGACGCCGUCGGCACUCCCGUGAUGAUGGGGGUGGGCGACUACGCGUACACGUUGGUGGGCGUCUCAGUCGACAUCCAAACAGGCAAGGUUUUCUUUCUCGGAAAAAAGGUUUCUCUUUCUGCGUUUCCGUCUUCUCUCUUGAGGUUCUUCCGCGUCGCGCGUUGGGAGGCUGCGUUCCUAGUUGUAGAUCCACACUACUCGGGAGACGACGCAGAUAUCGACAAGAUCCUCGACAAAGGCUGGGUCGCCUGGAAGAAGACCAGUUUUUUUGAGAAGACAGCAGGUGCGAAGUUCAUCAACCUGGCCCUUCCACAGACAUGUACAGAAGGCGGCGCUCUCUUUAUUUGA